AUGGAACCGAUAUCUUCCGAUGAAGCGAUUUGUCUCAGGACACUUGCUGCGCAGUAUUUCCAGGCCGUUGAGGUGCAGAGCCUGCGCUUUCCACCAGGUACCGUCCUACUCAAACCCCAGGUGCAACGCUGGAUAAACCAGAAUAUGUUCUCUGAAGACACAGUAUGGCCUCUGCCACCGUUAAACUACCGUAGUAGGGUUCUGAAAUUACUACUCUCAAGACUUGAGGAGUCGUUCUCUGACCCUGAGGAGGAUGUACGAAAUCCACGCGACCCCCCCUUUGCCUAUGCAUUGCAUUUCACAUCCAACAUUGAGAUCUUAGACGAUCUCAUGACAAGCUGGAGUAUUCUCAUUUCUCGCCCCAAAUCGUCACCGCUGGAACAGAGCCAACAGUUGUCCUACAUCAAGUACACACCGCCUAUGAUGCUAGGUUCCAGGGAUGACAACUGCAUCAUCACGUUAGAAAAUCGAGGUCUGAUCCUCUCCGCAGGAACAACUGGUUUUCGAACCUGGGAGGCUGCCCUGCAUCUUGGGACAUUCCUAUCCACACAGACUGGAAAGGAGCUCAUCAACGGUAAGAAUAUCCUUGAACUAGGGUCGGGGACUGGGCUGGUUGCUAUGUACUGUUCAAAAUGCCUUGGCGCCAACAAGGUCAUGGCGACGGAUCGGGACCCAGCAUUAAUCGCGAAUAUUCAAGAAUGCAUCUCACGGAACAAGCUGGAUUCUAAGCACAUUAGCGCUUCUAUUUGGGAAUGGGGUACUCCACUAGAGUGCCCCGAUAAUGCGCAGGAAAAUGGGCGAUGCUUUCCUGUGGACAUUGCAUUGGGGGCCGACCUGCUCUAUGAUGUCGAUUUGAUUCCCCUCUUUUUAUCGACCCUUCGGGACUUGUUUGAUCAUUAUUCGCUGAAAGCGUUUAUUAUCUCUGCCACCCUUCGUAACCAAGAGACCUUCAACGCGUUCCUCAGCGCCUGCGGCGUGAUUAGCUAUGUCUGCUGA